AACGAAAGCAAAUGAAAAGAUGGGGGAAGGAAGCGCGAAAUCCCUAACAAUCGCGGAGCUAGUCCGUGAAUGUCGUCCUCGCACCGGCGCAUGGUCACUCAUUUCCAGUCCUUGUCCGAGAAUUCCAUCACCCCAGUUUUUACCCUCCCUCACCACUCCCACACUGUGUUCCCACAAAAUACUCAAAUCCCUUAACUACCCAACUCUUCUUACUGGAAUCCUUUUUCUACCUCCUCAUGGAGAUGGACACGAUUCACCUCUCAACUGCAAUUGUUUUCGUUUCUCUGAUGGCUAUGACACUAUUUGUUGUGACAUUCUUGGGUUUAAUCCCUCUAUGAUUAACAAAAAGGUUCAAAUUUUAGGUUGGAAUUUCAUACCCUUCAACUGUAAUGCUAAUGCUAAUGCUAAUGGUGGUGGAUUCUUAGAAAUUAUUCGCUGGGCUUUUCUUGAUUCUACUUCUGCAUCUUCGGAUACUUUUUCUAUACUUUCGGUAGUUCCAUGCAGAGUUGGCUCCACAGCUGAUACUACUGAGAAUCUUCGGGGGUUCCUCGUUAAUAUUUUAGUUUGUGGCUGUAAAUUGUGUAAUUCUAAAUAUAAUAUAAGAUUCGAUAUGCGGAAUUCAAAUGAUCAUUGUUAUAACAAACUUGAGAUUGUAUACUUUUGUGGCUCUGCUUCUUCUUGGCAUCCAGUUCUUUCAAGACUGAUAAAGAGAAAUGUUUCAAUAUCGGGAUUGAAGAAGAGACUUGUAUUUGUGGGAAAAAAAGUGUCUCAAUUGAUGUAUGUAGUUGUGGAUAAUUCUUUGAUGCAUAUUCCUAAGUUGCCCCUCCCCCUUAGGGAGACUGAUGUGAGAGGAAAAGGAGAACUUGUUAGUUAUACAGGAACUGUGACAGGAAUUUACAUGAGGGGUAUGAUUGUUGAGUUGGAUAAUGAACUGUUGCUAUUGUUAACUGAUCAGCAUCUUUCCGUUCCACAUAGUGUGAGAGUUGGCGCAAUGGUAUCAGUGAAAAACGUUCAUGUUGUAAAUCCAAAAUUUUCAUGGACAAAGACACUUAUACUCGGCUCUUGUGUUAAAACUAGCAUUUCUGUGGAAUGUUUCUCCUUGCUGGAGGCCGGGUGUUAUACAGUGACCUGCUGUGAGAGUCUUCUUGCGAAGUUCAUUGACUCCUUGGUGUUUGUUGCCCGGCUAUGGGUAUUACUUGUCAUCAUCUGUUUAAGGAGAAAGUUCUCUGGGAUCUUAUCUGAGAAAGAGAUCUUGGGAUCAACAAAUAGGAAAGGAUUGGCUCAGACAUAUGCAACUUCAUAUUUACCCCCUUCAGUCUUCCAAAUUCGGCAUGGGGUGUUCAUGGAAUUUGUCAAGCAUGAUAGAUGUGCGUGUGGCAGGGAAAGAAGUUCUGUUUCUUUGAAGUUGGUUGCACCUAUCGCUAAUUUAAUUAAUUCUUGGGAGGGCACGUGGAUGAAAAUGAUUUGCCAUCAGGACACUGAUUUUGGUAUCAUGGGUACUCAAAAGGAGAGCAACUCCAUAUCUUGUGAUGGCAGACAGUAUGUGCUGUCUAUAAGGAAAGCCAUUCACAGUGAAGACAUAGGUGUUUCUUUGCUUGGAAUCUUAAAGGUCUCACAAUCGUCUGGAAGGAUGUUGCUUGUUGAUGCAACUGGAAGCAUUGAUGUUAUCAUACCAGAUCUUCCAUCAAGUUUGAAUAUCAAUAACAUAUAUGAGGUCAGAAAUUUUUUGGCAAUUAUGGAAGACAUACCCAUGAAGUUGGGUCAUGUGGAUUUACUCCAAAAUGAACCUUUCACGUGUAGAAGUAUUUUUGUGAAUGCUCCACUUGUGAGAGAGAUGAACAGGCCACUGCUUUUGUACUACAACCUGAGGAACCUAAAUCCUGUACAUCAUUUUACUACCUCUGCACAUUCACAAGUUGACUUUCCGAAAGUUGGACGUGGAAAGUAUCAUCUACUUCAGUUGAUGCACAAAUUCCCUAUUCUGCAAAAGCAUCAGUUUCAAGGAAGUCAACAUGCUUCAAAUACAUCAAGCACAUUUGCUGAGGCCUUAAUUUUGCCUUGGGAUUUACUUAUUGCUGGCAACAACAUAGAUACCUGUAUUGAAGAGCCUUUGAUAGACCAAUUGAAGCAACCAAUGAAAUUUUUUAAUAGAAUGGAAAUUGGAAAGCUCAUUGCAUGCAAAAGACAAAAGCCUGAUCAACUGUCUAAUGACGCUUUGACAUCUGCAUUCAAUGAUACUGGAAAUGAACCGAGUUACAGCUCCAGCCACCCUGCUUACGCAUGCUGUCCAGAGGAGAUCCCGUGUCUUGUGACGGGAAACUGUGUUAAUUAUCCUUUCCUUGGUAUGUUGCACCACACAAACACCAGAACAGAUAUGGGGUCUUGCUCCAAACCACAAGUGAGAAGGGCAUUGCUGGAAUUUAAGUCUGAAGCUUUAUCUGUUUAUGAGAGGUUAAAAAUUGGUGGUCAUUACCUUAUAAACCAUCAGAAAGAAGAUAUGUUUGGUACUGAUGCAAUAGUUGUGAAUUCGGGAACCUACAUUUGGAGCAUUUCUUUUUCAUCUGCUAAUGUUCACCAAAAUUUUGAUGUAUCCUGCUUGCUUCAACAGUCCGGUUCCUUUUUAAGUCACAAUAAUGAUCUUCCAGAAGGCUAUCAUCAGUUUCAAAUUCCAAACUCUUUGCCUAAUGGAAGCAAUGAUAUCUCUUCAGAUGUCAACUUAUAUAUGCCAUCUGAUGUCACAAACUUAUUUAAUGUUAACUUGGUGUUGUUGGAGAACUGUUCUCUCGAGCCUCUUAUUCCAUUUGGAGAAAUGACCAACAUCUGCCCCUCUGAUCAUAAUUUGCCAGAGGGAAACCUAACAUCUAUUCAUGGGCAAAUCAAGGCUGUUCAUUGUUCAGAUGGAAAAUCAUAUGCCGCACAUUUGAGGUGCGAGAGCAUUUGUGGUGUUUGUCCGUCACUAUUCUUAGAAGGAACUAUCAGUAUAUGUGUCCACGUUUUAAUGGACCAUAAGAUGGUCAUGAUUUUUGGCUCUGCAAAUAAACCCGUUUACCCUGCUGGAUUUGGACGAGGCGUCACUGCAUCAUUUCACAGGGUACUUGCCCUCAGUGCGCAGGACAACUUUAUGUUGAUACCUACAUCCUUCAUUGUUAUCAACCCAUCAAGUUUGAUAAAUGAUGACAGUGUUGAUGCACACACCUACAAAUCUGCUGCUUUGGACUUGGAUGGUGGUUCUCCAUUCUAUGCUAAUACUGCAUCUCUGAUUGCUGAUACAGUAAGCUGUUUAGAGACUCAACAAGUGGAGUUCCAUUGCAGGGUAUUUUUAUCACAUGAAGAAGAUCAGAGGAAUAUGGGAUUAGAAGGACAAUCAAAGAAAGAGACCAUGGAGGGAGGGUUUGGAGGAGAGAUGGAGGGUUUAUAUUAAUUUUAGAAAAAGGAAAAAGAAGUAUGGAAAGAAAGGGCAAACCUGCAAUAUCAAUUAGCAGGUAAAUUUACCUGAUACUGUAAAAUUUUUGUCCACUGACAGUGCACAACUUGAACCCUUUGGGAAUACCAACCAAAUGGAAAAGAAAACGCAACAAUUCUGAAUCAAAAAAAGAGAAUGGAAAUGGUAAUGAACAAGACACAUACCUAAUAUUGCAUAUUGAAAGCUUCCACAUGUGCUUCAUCUUCUCUAUUCCUUGUUUUGUUGAUUUCUUCCUGUGGCCAACAAUCUUAGAUUUUCUUGGGUUAAGUAGUCUCUUUAGGUUGACACUUUUAAAUGCUGAUAGAAAGAGAAGAAGCUGUUAUCUUCUUUACUAACUGUAGUAUACAUUGUUAUAAAAUAGAAAGUAAUUGACUGAGUG